AUGGAACAGAAUGAAAUCUCUACGCCCAAACUGCCUGGUGGGAAUACAAAACCCUAUAUCGAUAAUACUGAUGAAAGUGAUCCAAGUUUGUGGGGGUCACCGGAAGCUCAAGAAGUGCUCCUGAACCGAAAAGAUGAACAAAGUGAUAAAAACACAGCACUGGAGGAUUCUGAAUCUGUUACCUCUAAAGCAACCGAAUGUGAUGAUGAUAUUUCCGCUCAAUUUACCGGGCUCUUUUCGGGUGAGGACUGGGAAUAUAUCUGGGCAGCUACUAGCGAUCGCAUACUUUCUGUCGGAGACAGAGAGCUAAAAAACAAUAAAAUUGUUCGCUGUGUGCUCUUUGAGGCCAGAAUAUAUCUCCCCGACCACCGUAUUCCGGACAACGCAAAACAUUGGCUGAGGAUGCAGGACCUACUAAAGAGAGUGGGAACGUCAAAGCGUCCUCGACCCUACUAUUGA